AUGAAUUACAUAAAUUAACUAUUUAAAAACUAAAAAGAUUUAAAAGAUUAGCAUCAACCAAUUAAAGGUGAUUCGCCGUAAAAAAAAUUAGAUUUAGCAGAUCAAAAUGACUAAAAAGUUUUAGCUUCAUCAAAUUAGAAUAAGUCCAUAAAAGAAGAGAUUAUGGAUGAUAUGGAUUAAAGGCAUUAAUAUCGUGAAUUCAAGAUGAAAAAUAAAGCAGCCCAACACUUAAAUAGAUCAAUUACUUCAAGGAAUUAAGUGUUGUUGAAUGAAAUUUAGAAUAAAAAAGAAGAUUAAAAUGUCAAUUUUGUAGGUGAUUCUAUUCUAUAAUAAUAUUAUUAAGAAUAAAUUAAUUACUAGGUCCCUUUAUAAGAUAAAAAAAAUAAGUUUUACAAACAAAAAGUUGUUUUUAAUAUAGGAGAAGAAAAUUAAUAAGAUUUUUAAGAAAAUGUAGCUUAAAAAAUAGAAACCAACGAAGAAAUAAGACAAAAAGAUGUUGAUAAAUCACGUUUUACUCCAGAUUAAGAAAAUUUCUUUAAUAAUUUGAAAAAAACAUAAACUAUAAAAGAUUAAAAGUAUGCAAGUGAAAAUGAUAUUUAAUAAUUAUAAUCAACAAUCAACUAAAAAAAUUAGAAACUAUAGCAGUCACAAGUAAACAAAUAAAAAGAAUAAGUAGAAUCAACUAAAUUUAUAAGAAUGAAAACAAGCUAAUUUAAUUGUGAGUCUGAAGUAUUUAAGAAUUCAUUAAAAUAAUAGAGUCUUUUUUAAUUUAAUAAGCAAGAAACCAUUCAGAAUGGAUAUCUUGAUUCAAUUUUUAUAAGCGAAGAUGAUGAAGACAUGGAUGAUGAUAAUAACGAUAAUGAAUAUGAAAAUGACUAAAACAUAAUUGAAGAAGAAUAAGAAACAUAGUCAAAUAAGGAAACGUUUGAUAUAUAAGAAUAGCUUUAAAAACCACCAUUUAAUGAGGAAGAUGAAACUCAAGUCCAAUAAGCUUUAGAAAAUAUUAAAAUUUAAAAAAAUAAAAAAUAAAAAGUAAAGAAGUUAAUAAGAAAAAAAUAUGAGCUUACUGCAGUACCUGACGAAAUGAAUUCAUUUUACAUAACUUUAUAAAGAGGGAAGAAGAAAAAAUAAAAAAAUUUUAAUAAUGAAAUUCUAAGUAUUUAAUUCAUACCUUAAAGUUAAACUUUAUUGAAAGAUCACGUAGGUGAUUUUUAAAUAAGAAACGAAAGCAAAAGCAACUUAAAUAAUUUAAUUCCUUCUAAAAAUAAAGAAAAUUUAUCUUUUGUUCUCAAUUGCUCUAAUGUUUUCAAUUUUAGCAAAAUGACUUCUGUAUUAUUAAACUUUCAAUAUAAAAAAUAAGAUGCACUGCUUUAUCAUUAACAAAAUGAUUUUCGUUAUAUAACUUCUAUAGGUGAAGGAAGCUUUGGUACAGUAGAUUUGUAUGAAUUUACUCCAUUAAAGUUUCCGAUUGCUGUAAAAAAAUUAAAAACUAUUGAAGAAUUUGCUCGUGAACUCUAUUUAAUGGAAACACUACAAUCUAUUUAUAUGCCACAACUAUUUUUUUAUGAUGAAACUUAGAAAAAGCUAUUCAUGGAAAUGGGUUUGUGUAGUUUAGAAGAUUUAAAAAAGUAUUCUGAGUAGACAGAUUUCUGUCUCACCGAUUAGUAGACUUUUUCUAUUUUAAAUUAACUAUUAGUGGCUAUAGAAUUGUUCAUCGAUUAAAAAGCUUUCCAUAGUGACAUAAAACCUUCAAACAUAGUUAUCAGAUCUAAAUUAAAUGAGAGCAAUAAAAUUUAAUUAUAACUCAUGAUAAUAGAUUACGGAGGAGCUUCUUUUGAUAUUGAAGAUUAUUGGAUAUAUUACACUCCAGCUUUUGUAUGUCCAAAAUUAUGGGAAAAGUUGUUAUCAAGUGACUCGUGCUUUUCAAAAGAUAUUUCUAAAGAAAAAUCAGCAUACAUAUAAGAAUUAGAUUCAAUAGAAGAAAAUUAUGAAUAAGAAUGUGAUACAAAUAACAUUGAAAAGUCCAAGUUAGAAAAUAGUGUAAUUAAUAAAAUAAAAAUAAAACCUAUAAAAUAGACCAAUCUAGGAGAAAUUGACAGGAGGCAGUCAAUGGAAAAUUCAUUGACGUUAAAAACAAAUAAUUCAAAUGAUAAAAGUACACUUGCAAGUAAAACAAGCCAAAAUUUCCCUAGCUAUUAAUAAUAAGAUUCUAUUUAAAUGCUUACAGAUCAAAAGCAACCAAUUAGCAGAGUAUUUAAUGAUAACUUAUCAAGUUACUAAAAAAGUUAAAAUUUUGAUAAAAAAUCUAAAAUUUUUUAAUUUUAAGAAACUUACAGUAAGCAAUUGUCUAUGAAUGAAGGUAAUAAAGAUUUUUCAUAAAUUUUAAAGAUACAAAAUUAAGAAUAAUCAUAAUUAAAGAGUUAGCAAAUAAAUUAUGAUGACAUAUAAAUAACUUAAAAUUUAAAACUGGAGAGAAAUAAUGAAAAGAUUGCUAAUGAAAUAACUUUAACAUGGGAAGAAGUGAGAUAUUCUGAGAUGUAUGCAGGGUGUAGAUGCAUUUAAUACCUUAUCCUAAACAAAAAUGAAGAAGAUUUGUUCAAAAAGAAAAAUAUUGAUGAAUUCUUUAUGAGAUACCAUAAACAAUACCCAAAAACUUUAAAAUUAAUGUAUAAAAUUAUGAAGAAAAACAAAUUCUGCUCUUUAAAUAAAAGUUAAUUAAAUUAACUUUUUACAAAAACAACAGAGCAAGAUUUUAAAAUAGAUAUUGAUCCUAAUAUUCUAUUCGAAAUUUCCCCUUUAAAAAAAUAAUGGAAUCAAAUAUUAAAAACAUAAAUCUGA